AAUUCGUAAAAUCUUUCUUGUAGAGGACGUCAGUGCCUGCAAAGUAUCAUUGUCGCAAGUUGUAUAUCGUAAAUAAUAACAACGAUAUUAAAGAGGUAGAAAUGUAUGAUUACAUUACGAAAUAACAACAGAAUGCAUUUAUAUUUUUGAAUUUUGGAAAAGGUUGAGUACUAUAUCGCAUUGUAUCGUAUUAUAUUAAAACAGUACGAAAAGCCGAGAUCUGGAGCACAAUGGGGAAAUAGUAUCUGGCCGCUUAUGGACCGCCUGUUAGAUACGACGUUAGACAGAAACGUCGCAGAAACUUAUCGAUGCCUUUAUGUAACUUAACCACGCAGUAUUUGAUAAUAACGUAAUUCUCUUACUUUAAAGACUUCGUCUUCUACAUAUAGAUUUCGAUACAAUUUACCAUAAAGGAAAUGAAUUUGGAUCAAGUUUAAAUAAAACGCAACAAGAGAAGUAUAGGAUUGAGAGAAAAUCAUUUCUGUUUCCUCCCUUGCCUUUAACCGCGAGUGUUUUAUAUCAAUGCAAAUUUGCAAAACGUUAAUAACGUCGUCCCUUUGUCUACAAGAGAAGCCAGGAUCACAAAUUUCAAUAAAAAAGAAGAGUCGGAGAAGCCAUCUUGGUGAACAAUAAAAAGACGGAAAUGAUAGCAACUGUGAAUAUCUGAGAGGUAAAGGCGCGUUGCGACCCGUCGUGCCACGAGAGCAUAAAAAGCAAGAAAAGUCGGGUAAAGCGAUCGCUUUGGAAUGAACGUCUACCUGGCAUAACCUUUCAGGGAUAAAACUUCCAACUGAACAUACAUAUGUACAUACAUAUAUCCGCGUACAUAUAUAUAGACGGAAGGGAUAUCUGGCUUUCUUCCCCGUUUUACGAAUUCUCGCCGGGAUUUUCCUUUUGUUGCCAAGGAAAAGAGGAGCAGUUAUUCAUUUUGUACAUGUCUUAAGGAAACAGUGAACGUUUAUUCCGUAAAGUGACCGAGGAAAUUGUUACGUGAUCAUUCCCGGGAUUAGCAUCUAUUACGUAAGUAAGGUACGGAAUCUUGAAGGAAGUUUCUUCUUAUCAAUAUGCCGAGUAUGGUAAACCCUCCCUAUCAAAAUAUGGAAGCCCGGUUCCGCGAGAUAGGUAUGGAAAUAGGGAAACUUGGUCAAACUGUUCUAAUUAUUGAACUUUACGAGUACUUUGAAACAUGUUGACACCUCGUUUACCGCGAAGUCAUUUCCGAGAACUCGGCACACUGUGAAAUCUGAUAAGUCGACGAUUUAUCAAAUAGUAACCGCGAUUACGUUGUAGAAUUCUCUAAGAAAUUAACGAAUAGCGAACAAUUAUAGUUAAGAACAAUUGUAACUUCAUUAUUCAAUCUGAUAGCAAUCGAGAAAUUGCAAUAGUCAAUUAUCUUGAUUUAUUUAAACGAAUGAACAUAUUUUAAUAUCGUGAAGAAAAUUCUGUGUAUCAAAAAUAAUGUACAUUGCAAUUUGCUAUCUGACUUUAAAGACAUUUCAGUGACACGCAUUAAGAACGUUGUAACAAUCCCAAGUACAAAAGCGCGAUAGUAAUAUGAGAAACAGUUGACAGUAAUUCUCAGCCCUGCGGCGAAGUCUAUUAAAGUCCUAUGCAUUAACCUAAUCAUCCAUUGUUUCGUGGUAUUAAAUCCCACCUAGAGACGUCUAUCACAGCGUGCCGCAAUCGUUCUCGCCUAUUUCCUUAUGUACUUUCGUGAAAGCAAAGUAAAUAACGAUUACCGCGCUUUGUAAAGCGUAUGCAACGCUGAAUGGUGAUGCUCAUCAAUCAAAGCUAGACGUGCUUCGUGCGUCGCGUCGGGAUACGUAUUCCCAAUACGAACGUGUUCGCUCUUGUCGCGUAAAACACGUUUCAACGUCAUAAAGUUUAUUCACACUGUCGUAACACAGAUCAAUGCAGCUUGAAUGGGCGUUGUGCCGCCGUACGUCGAAUCAUUUUUCAACUGAUCCGAUAUUUCAUACGUAAAUGCAAGUAUAUAAAUUCUGAUGAGACCCAUUCAUCAGGUAGAAUUUGUAACGCUAGCCAAAUAACUUUAAACGGGAGAAAUGAUGUUGCCUGUCUACAAACCGAAAAGUUCAUAGUUUACAUAAUAAUACAAACUAUUCCACUAAAAUGUAAUUCUGUAUUGUUUUCGAAAUCUCCUGACACAGAAGUUCGACGCUUUUUAAUUUUGCGUUACCCAUUGAAAUUUUUAAGAAGAAAUUAGAAUCUCAAAAGCGAACUUUUUAGAUGUUUCUUUGCAUCUCUCCAUGAUUGACAGCUGUUAAUUUUACUCAGGAAAACUGUACUGGUAUCCGAAAGAUGUUUGAAGCGAGCUUAUUAAAAUUUUAUGAUCCGCUUUUGGUACUGACUCGCGUACAUCUCAACCGGCGUUAACAGCUGUUAAGCUCGCCGAAACGUUGCCUGAAUCGAGCAGCCAGCCCACGCAUCUCCAAACUCAUACAAUUAAAAACCGACCCCUACAAUCCCCAGACACCGGUUACGUCGCACACAACACCGAGAUUCAAAGAGCACAUUAAAGAACAGCGAAAGAGAGAGACGGAUUGGCUGAAGAUAGAAAGACAGGGAGUGAUAAGAAUGAAAGAAAAAGGCACAAGUGUUAGCAGGUGUGUGCGUCUCAAUGCGGAACGGAAGCGUGAACGAUGCAUGGGGUGGCCUGGGCCGGGUUGCCAGCAAAGAGGAAAAGGGAGAGGACGAGGGUAGACCGGGGUUGAGAAAAGAAGAUCGCCGAUAAGGGUGUCGGUGGUGGGGUGGAUGCGCGGUGUAUUAGACCCGGUGACUCUUGCCGCGCAGCGUGGGAGUUAGUUCUGGUGAGGGCGCCAGCCAGCUCACUCGCUAAACUAACCCACCGUCCCAACCCUUCGAUCCUCCAUCCCUCGACCUUCGGCCAACAAAGCAACAUCCACGGCCGCAACCUCCUUUUCACCGACUCCGCCAGUAGCCGCCGUUUUUUCGCGACUUCUUGCCCCGGCCAAAAAGGACACGAGACCCGGCUGGUGACGACAACGCUUCGGUCAUCGCGUAAGACACGGGCACCCACGUAACUACCCGCUUCGCGUCUACCCAACUGAAACCCAGAACCACCAGUAGAACUCCGCUCGGCGAGGCGAGCAUGCGACGGUAGAAAAGAAGCCGAUCGAGGAGGAACGUAGCUCGUCGUAGACAGUGAUCGUUGUCAACUAGGAAGCGAGGGACGAUCGGGAGCUAUAAACAAGUCGAAGAGGAUCGGCUUUCUUUCAAGAAGUCGAAGAGUUUUAAGAAAUCGCGCGAGGAAUCGAGCCGGACGUCAUCGUCGUCGGGAGGCCGGACAGAAAGCUUCUCGAACGAGUGUUGAGAAACUGGUGUCCGCACCAUAUUGUGUUUACGUGAUCGGGGAACAGGUGUCCCGGCCCGUCGGCGAUGACCGAACUUGGAAACGUGGUGCUCGCGACAGGGGAAACGAUCUAAUUCUUCGAGGAUCACGAGCGAACUAGGAACGAGUACAUCCGAGGACGUGGUAAAACGCUGCCAGUGCCAGUCUCGAAGAGUUCGUCAGGAAGAUCGGUUGGGGGCUUCGAGGAAGUGUCAUGUGUAACAGGGAACGGAGGAGUUGUGAGACAAGGACAAUUGUCUGUUAACGAAUUGCAUGAGAAAAGGGUCCAGGAGAAGCCAGAGAAGGUUUCGCAGCAGGCAGUCACAGAAGCAAGUAUUUCGCACAACAAUAAUAAUAAGAAAAAGAAACGAAAAGCUAUACACGUUAAGGCGCGCUUGUUAAGCUACACACACGUAUCGGCACUCUGAGUAAUGCUCCGCAACUGCACCCUUAUCCGAUAAUUUCUCUCUCUCUAUAUAUAUACAUACACCUGUGCGUGCAUAUUAUAUAUUACAUGUCUACACGUCACACUCUCUCUUUCUACAUACACCUUUUUGUUCUCUGUUCUCACACGCGUCGUCUGUGUCGUGUCAAACGUCUACCUAUCUAUGAUCGAUGUGUGUGCGUGUGCGUGUGUGCACUGUGUAUUUACUUGUUCACCGUUUCCGCUACUUCGAGUGUCACGAGCGACCAGCUGCGUCGACUAAUUAAUACCCUUUCCCCCUUUCACACCGGGAAAGUACGGUUUUGCACAUUUUUCGGGCACCUGUUGAUCUCUCUCGUACUACAUAGCCACUUUUCCGCACUCUAAAGUUGUCCGGGGAAUUCGAUGUCACAUCUUUCUCUUUCUAUCUCUGCACGCCGUCUCGCACGUAGAGAAUGGCUUCCUCGCACCGGCACCAAAAAAGCACCGUGUCGUGAAAACCGCUGAACAGCAUGGAAACCGAUUGGAACCGGCCUCGACUCGAUAUCAGUAAAUGUCACGGUUGCCUCCUGGCAAGCGAGUAGAACCAGCGGGGGAGCCGGACGGAUCGGCAGCGUUCCUCGCGGAAUCCCGGAACUUGGAACUUGCCGUGAAAACGUGUUCGAGAGACAGAGGGUGGAGCACUUAGCAUGUUAGCAUAAAGGUCGAUCGUUCGAUUCGAUAAGGGGAAGCAAUCGUCAUGCGGGGAAUAGGAAGAGGCGGCGAGGGUGAACCCAGAAGGCCCAGGAGAAAGAUAGUCGAAUCACGAGCACGUAACCAUGGCCGAUCGAUCGGGUUUCAUUGUUGCCCGCACUGUGCACCUUGUUACGAGCACCUUGAAAGCAUCUGCGAGCACCGCUGGCACCGCCGAUCACCCUCGGCAGACAAUAAUUAAACGAGACACACGCGCCAGCACCCUCAUCAUCAUCACCACCAAAAUCAACCAGCACAGGCUGAAAGAUCUGUCGUGUUUUCUUUACACUAACGACCUGAUUUUCAGGACGCGGAAAUCGUCGAGUGCCUGACUCAGGUUGAAUCAGCGUUGGGAAGGAAUUUUGCGGGAAAUGCGGGGCUAGCGAAAUCCCGCGGGAACCGUGGAUCAAACCGAGUCGAGAACAGAGAAAGGACACGCGCGCCCCUGCGUGCCUGCGUGUGUGUGUGUGUGUGCUCGUCCUUUUUUUCUCUCUUGCCCGCUCCUUCCCACCGUGAAGAACGCUUAGACGUUCGAUGAGAAAGCGGACGGUAGCUGGGAAACGGAGAACGAGAGUAACCGAACGUGUUUAAGAAUCGUCGUCUCCCAUGUGACGAAGCCUACGCGGUUAUCGAUUGAUCGCCGGUCAUCGCUCAUCGUCCGCGUUUUCUUCCCUCGCUCGCGUCCCCCCCACCCUACGAAGUCGUUCUUCUCCUCCCCCGCACAGCUAAACGAAAAGUCGGCCUAAAACUCAGAGUUGUGCCUUUCAAUUGGCGAGCAACCAUUGGACGUGCAACCUGUAGCAUCGCGUUCGAUAGAAGAUCGGCGCAGAGAGGAAAUAGACUAAAGAAACUAGAGAUACAGAGGAAACGAUCGAAGCUGAGAAACGGUGAAAGAAGCGAGCGAUCAACCAAACCCGGUUGAAUCCCGGUGAAACGCAACGCAUACAUAUGAUGGCGGUUUGCAUGUUCUGGCUUCUCACGUACGUGGGACAAGGUCUGGACCUGGCCGUCGGCAAUCGCCCAGUGAUCGUACCGCAGGACCAGCAGGACUACCGGCACGGCGGUAUCCGUAGGAAGAGCGAACUGAACUCAGUCGGCAAUAACCUGUUGCUACUCAACCCUGACGCGUCGUCUCGCCGGGACGAUCUUUCCAAUUGGUUACUAUUGAACGAAGAGAUGCGGAUGUCGUCGUGGACGCCGUACUUACCGUUCAUCGACGAUAUGAUGAGGGAUUCUAGAGAGACGAUGUUGUUCGCACCGGCGAUGAUGAACGUGCUUAACUCGAAGUACGCGAACACCGGCACGCAGCCAGGCGAACCGGUCGGCGGCCCGUUGCUGAGUCCGCGUGGAAAGAAGCUGAGGAUCGAUUGUAGACAUUCGAAGAAUAUGGUUAGCCUGCCUAUUAUACUUUUAAAACAAUGCGACGAGGAGACUGGCCGGAGGAGUGUCCAGGCGGAAACUAGACAAUCGCUCUAUGACGAUCUAUUCGAUCAGAAGAUGAGCACUAUAGGUGCGAACCUGAAGACUGACCCGAACUCGAAGCAGCGGGAUUAUCAGAACGGGCCCGCAUUCUUGCCGAGGCUGCCGUUCGGUUUCGACAGAGGAAAGAGGGGCCAAAUGCCUGUAGGGCGUCGCUCCAUCGCCGUCCCCGGAGAGUCGAACCAACAUCUAGCUCAACCGCCGUCGUCCCCCGGGAACGGCAUCAACAUUGCUUCUCAACUUAUGCUGAGAUCCAUCAGGGGAAGCAUACAAUUCGAUGUCCCACAAAUCGAGUGUCCAAUCUCGGACGAGGGGAUGGAAAGGUUCGCAUGUCCCACGGCGGACAGAAUGGGAAGAUACCAUUGCAUCGACGAUCACGCCUUAUGCGACGGUUUCAUAGACUGCCCUACAGGCGAGGACGAGGAUAGGCAAGCCUGCAUGUUUUACAAAACUCUUUGCUCAUGUUGCACCCAAUUGCGCGCCUCUCAGGACUCUGAGAGCCUUUCAAAUACUCGAACUUAAUCCUCGUUUAACCGGGAAUCUCAAUUUACGCCGUUUAACGGUAAGAGAGUGUAGAUCUGUAAGAAACCUCGUCUUCCAACGUACUUUGUAGCCGUUGCAACGAAGGCGUUGAGCUUAGCUUUUCUGCCAGCUUUCCCGACGGUAGAAAAAACAACCGACCGGAUGGAAGGUGGUGAGGCAGAGAUAGAAAAGGGGGAUAGAAAGAAAACAAUUGCUUCUGAUUUCCACGAGGAUACACGUGCGGAAGGUGGGCGCGACGCGACGGGGGAACGCGAGUCGAUGAAUGAGAGAGAUUAGACCCGCUCCGUGGCUACUUGCACCGUUGCCGUCGCGUCGCUCGUAGAGAUAAGUUUCACGCAAAAGUACGCUCGAAAAGUGGAACGAGUACACAAAGGCUGAUGAGCUUGAAAUACGUGAAACGCGAGUUCCUUGGAUGAAAGGUUUCCAGACAACACUCGGAAUUAAUGAGAUGUAUAGAUUGACCAAGUUCCUCUUUUUUCCUCUGCGAAGCGUUCCUCUUAAUCAUGAACCUUUUACAUAGAAAUCAUAAUUAAGCAUUUCAAGUAAACAGCAGUAUAAGAAACAAGUCAAUAAAUCUCCUGUCCUGUACUUUUCAUUGUUCAACUCUCUGAGUUCCCAAGAUUACUGCUUCAUUAAACAGAGUACAUUGAAUUAAUUUUAUUUCUGAGAAACCUGAAUGUGGAACAGAAGUAAAGAAUUUAUGAACAGAAUGAUAGACAAUACAAAAGCAGAUACAAUCUAGUCAACAUGCAAUACAAUUACAUUUGCAAAUACAAAUUGCAAAUAGAAUAUGAAGGUACAAUUUUAAUCGUAAGUUUUCUUCAACAUCAAUUGAAGAAUAGUAUUGAACUCUUUAGAGAUUGAAAGACGAACAUUGGUACGUGAAACUAACGUUACACAUUAGUAUGAUUAUUAUAGAUUUAUGAUACAACCAUUUCAUUUAACGUAAAGAACAUAACACAGACAGCGACAACAUCUCUGAGGAACAAAUGCGAGUUUAAACUUACACAUUAAUUACAUAAACACGCUACUCACGAUCAUACUUUGCCAACGUUCCACCGAUGAACUAAGUUAAAACGAGUCAGUCAAUCUAUCAAAAAUAUUUACUUUCCACCUGGAGUACUUUCAACUCACUGUUGAGCUUGACUAUCUUCUUUUUAUCAAACGUUGUAAUGGACUUGGUGAAAUUUAUAAAAGGCGAGGGAAACAGUUUGUGUGAACUCAGCAGUCUUGCACUUCUGUGUAACGUACCUCAUUAAAUAAGAGAGUUUCUACUAAGCUACGAUACUGACUACAGAGAGGACUGUUCACUAUGAAGUGUGCAAACACUUAAUUAAUUAAUAGUAACAUGCAACACAAUUACGAAUGGCGAUUGUUUAUUUCGCAGUAACUGCACACUAUUAUUACCGAGUGUACGCAUCAAUAUUAAAUCGUCAUUGAAAGCAGCUUAAUGAUGCAACGCAAUUCAGUAUUUUGUGGCGAACGUUAUAAAAAACUUUUAUGCACUUUCCGUAAUUAUACAAACUUCUCUCGGUGAACGAAGUUACGACUUGUUUCCAUUAUGAAACUAAAUAAAUUUAGUAGUUACAAAGUAUGAUGAAAAUUCUGUUACGGGAUUCCGCGUAGAGAUUGUUCGGUAAGGAUCUACCCAGAUUAAUCGCGUAUUAAAAAUCAAAUGAAACUGUACAAACAGUUAGUUAAUUAAGUAGGAAAUCGAUCUACAAUCUAUGUGCCAAACAGUUUCCAUUUGGUUGCGCGGCGUACAGAAACGUAUCCCGGUAUCUACAAUUUAAAUUAUGUGUAUUCCACGACAGGAUAAGCAAAUAGUCGAUCGCUCCCGCACGGUGUAUCCACUUGUUUCAUUUGGCAAACAAUAUCGGAGUCAUAAUUCGCUUAAUCAAUAGUGCGCCUCUUACGAACCGUUUAACGUAACUGGCAAACAGGAGGGGAAGUAUAAAACGAGAUAAAGGGAAAAGGGAAAAACAGUAACGUACCAGAGGGAAAUCUGAGCAAUGUCUCGCCCUCUCGCGGAUUUAUCAUCCCUAACAUCCGGCGAACGGUUGACCUUUCCCUCCGGGUGAUUCUGGCCCCCGGUUUCACCGCCGCCUCUUUGAAAUCGAUAUUCGCUUCUUUUCCUUCCGGCUGCCUGGCCGAGCCGCGCCGCGCGCCGCCGUCGCCACUCUCUCUCUGUUCUCUGCUACCCCCGGCUCUCCUAGUUCCCGUCGGAACGGAAAGACUGGUACGCAGAACGGAAACGGGACUGGCUGCGUGUUGUCGAAACGGGGAACUGGCCCGAUCGGCGUGGGCGUUUCACGGGAACUGAUUAAAAGUCAGACGCGACCGACUCGCGCGGCGAAUUGGAUUUUCUUCGACGUACCGCCGAACUUGCGCGCAGACGUUAAAGGAAAAUGUUCCCGAACUAAGGAGUUUAAUCAAUUCUCUAUUGUGCGACGAGCGGGGUUCGAAAUGCCUCCUUGCAACAAUUUUUUAAUGAAACUUUGCUCUAUGCUCAAAUUAUCUCCUCCGAUCGUCAUGUUUUAUUCUCUUAUGAUUAAAAGACUAUAAACGAUAAAUGUUUUCUUCCCAUUUCUCCGUAUCUUAAAUAAUGAGAUUCACCGUAGAUAUUUCUAUCGUUUCAUUGUUAAAAUUCAUAGUAAAUGUAACUUUGCUAGCUCGUGCAGAAACGUCGUUCGACGGGGCUGCGUUCGACGUUUGCGAUCUUGCAAGCGCUGCUCUAUCAGAAGCAAACGUUUGUUCUCUGUCUCUG